CCAAAACCAUCUAAACCUAAACCAAAAGAAAACAAAACAUAAAAAAGGAUUAACAAGCAAGAUGGGAAGCAAAACUGUUGUCUCAAGCUUCUUAAUGGUUUCCCUUUGUGUUGCCAUUUUUGUCACUCAAGGUCAAGGAGUAGCUCAUACGCAAACACAGCCAACGGUUCCAGGACUUUUCCCACCUGGCUCACCCAUUGAUCUUGUAAAAUGUUGGUCGUCUCUCUUCAAUGUUGAAGGAUGUGUGCUCGAGAUCGCCAAAUCAAUUUUCUCUGGAAAAUUCGAAAAUGUCGAAGCCGCAUGUUGUAAGGCGUUUUUGACCUUAGAUACCAACUGUUGGCCACAAAUGUUUCCGUUGAAUCCGUUCUUCCCUCCUCUCCUCAAGGAUAUCUGCGCUCGCAUUGUCCCCAAUUCCCCUGCAAGGAAUUGAAAGCAAGAAUGAUUGUUGAUCUACACUUUUAAAUUAGUCGUUAGCUUCAGAGUAAUAAUCUUUUUAAUGUUAAAUUUUUGUUGGCUUUAUGAGAGCUCUAUAUAGGUUUUCUCAAUAAAGUAGCAAUAUUCAU